AUGAAUAAUUCACUGAGUAUGUAUUGGUUUAUCCAUUGAUUUUUUUUUUUUUGACCCACGGGAAAAUUCCAUGGAAUCCGUUGAAAAUCAAAACUAACAACUUCACUUUAGCAACCCCCAAGUUUAAAGUGGGAUUAACACCCGAUGAGAAAAGUUUAUAUACUCAAUUGUUUAAAUCAUUAGAUCCAGAAAAUACUGGAGUUGUAACUGGUGAAAAAGCAAGAAAUACAUUUGAAAAAUCUGGCUUACCACCUGCUAUAUUAGGUGAAAUUUGGCAGAUUGCUGAUCAAAAUAAUUUGGGAUUCUUAAAUCAAUUUGGUUUCUGUUAUGCAAUGAGAUUGAUAGGUUAUACUCAAUCUGGUCAACAUCCAACUCAAGAUUUAGGUGAUUAUCCUGGUCCAUUACCUAAAUUUGUGAAUUUAAAUUUAUCACAACCACCAUCACAACAAUCAAGUUUACAGCCACAAUCUACAAACAGUUCAUUUAUGUCUAGUCAACCAAAUGCAAAUGCAAAUAUUCCAAUAAAUUCAUCACCACAAAAUCCAAUUGAUAUUAUUUCAUUUCAAGAUUACCAAAAAUUUUCACAAUUAUUUAUUAAAACUGUUGGUUCUUCACAAGGUGAAUUAAAUGGUUCACAAGCUAAAGAUAUUUUUUUAAAAGCAAGAUUAUCAACUACGAUUUUAGGUCAAAUUUGGAGUUUGGUAGAUAGGUAUAAUGUUGGAAGUUUAAAAAUUGGUUCCUUUGUAAUUGCAAUGCAUUUAAUACAAGGUUUAUUAUCUGGACAAAUUAAACAAUUACCUCCAUUUUUACCUGAAUCAAUUUGGAGAUCUGUUGAGUCAUAUAGUCAACAACAACAACAAUCUCAAUCACAACCUCAAUCACAACCUCAAUCACAACCUCAAUCACAACCUCAAUCACAACCUCAAUCACAACCUCAAUCACAACCUCAAUCACAACCUCAAUCACAACCUCGUCAAACUUCACAUAGUUCUAUUAAUUCACAAUCAACAGCUAUUAGACAUGUACCUUCGAGAGAAGUAUCAUCAAGUGGAUCUGGAUCAAAUAAUGGAGAUUGGAUUGUAACUCCAACUAUGAAAAAACAAUAUGAAUCAAUUUUUAAUAAUCUUGAUAAAGAAAACAUUGGUCAUUUAAAUCCUGAUCAAGUUGCACAAUUUUUAAUGACUUCAAAAUUAAAUCAACAGGAUUUAGCAAGUAUUUGGGAUUUAUCAGAUAUUCAAAAUUCAGGGAUUUUUACAAAAUUGGAAUUUUCAAUUGCUUUAUUUUUAGUUAAUAAAAGAUUAGCAAAUGAACAAUUACCUAAUAUAAUACCCGAUAGUUUAAUUAAUUCAUUGAAAAUAUCGAAUGAAAAACCAAAAGAAACUCCACAACCAUUAAGUUCACCUUCAAUUAGUCAACAGCAAGCGCUUGAAAAACCACAAUCAUCAAUGAAUGAUUUAGCUGAUAUUUUUACUCCUUCAAAACCUAUUACAAAUGAACGAAAAACAUUACAAAAUAGAGUUUCAAGUAGUGAUUUAUCUCACGGAUCUGAAUUACCGAAAGUACGUUCUACUUUAACUGGAUCUUUCAAACCAACGUCAAGUUUUGGUCAAUCAUUAAUGCAUAAUCAACAACAACAACAACAACAACAACCUACAUCAAAUUUAUCAUCACCUGUUAAAGAAUCUACUCAAGAAACUUUAUUGGCUGAAAAAUCUGUUCAAAAUCAACCAAAUCGAGAACAACAACCAACUAAUGUUGCUUCACCUCAAAAAGUUGUUGAUUAUAGUGCAUUAAGAAACGUUCCACCACCUCCGCCUCAAAAAAGAACUUCAAGUCCUCUUGCACAACAACCAGUUGCUAAAUCAAUUCAACAACCACCUAAUGAUGAUUUAUUAGCUGAUGCUGCUAUUUCAGGUCAACUAUCACAAGCAACUUCAGAUAUAGCCAAUGUUUCAAAUCAAAUCAAAUCAUUAGCUACUCAAACAACUAAUUUACAUGAUAAAAAGGCAAGAGCAGAACAAGAAUUAACAAAAAUACUUGCAACUAAAAAAGAUAUUGAAAGUAAAUUAAAACAAUUAAGAACAUCAUAUGAUAAUGAAGUUAAACAAGUUGAACAAGUUGAAAUUAGUUUAUCAACUGCAAAAGAAGAAAGUGAAGCAUUAAGAUCAGAAUCAUCAAUAGCUGAAGCUAAACUAAAUUCAUUAACUUCUGAAUUAAAUGAAAAACAAAUUUCUGUAGAAAAUUUGCAAAAGGAAAAUAGCUCAUUAAAGGAAAAAUUAGGAACUUUAAAUGCUGAAAUUGCAGAAUUUGAAAAACAAUUAAAUAAUAAAAACUCGGAAACUCAAAAUUUUAAAAAUCAAGUUUCGGUUAAAAAAUCUCAAGUUCAAGUCGCAAUUGUUAAAAAUGAAGAAUUGAAAAAUAAAAUUAAAGAAUUGGAAAAUCACCAUUUAGAAUUACAAGACCACCACAAACAAUUACAAAUUGAUUUAGAUAAUGCAGAAAAGGAAAGAAUUAUCAACGAACAAAAACAAAAAGAAUUACAUGGAAAAAGUUUACAAUUGGAGCAAAAUAAACCAACAAAACCAUCUCCUGGUAUAAAUGCACAAGGUGUUGGAAUUGGUGCUGCUGCUGGCGCUGCAGUUGGUGCUGCAGUUGGAGGUGUUGCUAAUGCAGUUAGUCUGACUAUUGAUUCAGUUACAACAAAAUCUGAUUCAACUAUUGACCAACAACAAGAAGAAAAAUCAGAAGAAUUUUCAAAAGGUAUUCAAAACUUAUCAAUUAAUGAACCUCGUGAUUCAACUACGAAUGCAACUUCAUCAACUAUUACUGAACAAAAUGAAGAUAACGAAACUCCAAUAACAUCACCAAGUAAUUCUGAUUUUCAAUUUCCUCAAGGUAAUAAUGGUGAUAUUGUAGGUGGAAUGGUUGGAAUGCCUGGAGUUUUAGUUGGAGUUCAAAGAACUGAAUCAUUAACUUCAAGUGUACAAAAUAAUGCAGCUUUAUCAGUUAGAGAUGAUAAUAUUGAAGAAAUUAGUGAUAGAGAUACAAUUGAAAAUGUUGGAAAAGAUGAUGAUGAUGAAAAAACAGUUCCUACUACCAGUGGAAAUUCUGAAACAAGUAGAGAUAAACAACAACAACAAGGAGAUAGUGAUAAAGGUUCAUCAUCAUUUGAAAUGGUUAAUUCUGAAGAAGCUAGAUCUCCUGAAAAUGCUGACGAAUUCCCGCCAAUUAGAGAAUUAGAUUAUCAAGAAAGUGAUUCUGAUGAAGAUGAAGAUACAAAUUUUGACGAUGCAGUUGAUAAUUUAAAUCAACAACAACAACCUCAAACAUCAAUUGAGACAACUCAUCCAACAAAACAAACAUUUGAUGAUUUCGAUAGUGAAUUCGAUAAUUUGACACCAGCAAAAGAUGAUGAAAAUAAUCAAGGUAAAACAUAUUUUAAUCAAAAAUCAUCAACCGCUGAUCAGGAUUUAUUUGGUGAUGAAUUUGAUGAUUUAGAAGUUGCAAAAGAAGAUUAUACAAAUGAUGAAGAAUUUGAUAAAGAUAAUAAUGAUGAUGAUGGUGAAUUUAAUGGAUUUUCAAAUGAAUUUACAAACUCCAAUGCACCUGAUUUCAGUGCUGGAUUUAAUAAUGGUACUAAUAAUAAUGAUUCAGGUAAUGAUGAAUGGGAACAAUUAUUUGCUGGUUUUGGUAAUGCAACAACAACAAAUGAAAAUCCUUCACAACCAAUGCCUUCAAGCAAUUUUAAUAGCUCAAAUACGAUUCCAAGAAGUACUACAGCGGAAGGAAGUGAUAAGAUAGAUAAUUACGCAAUUCAAGAAUUGGUUGGAAUGGGUUUUGAUGAAGAAACAGCUAUUGAUGCUUUGAAAAAGCAAGAUUGGAAUUUGGAAAAUGCUACAAAUUAUUUGCUAGAUAAUGCUUAA